AUGAGGUUCAAGACGUCGGAUGAGAGUCCUAGUGGGCUAGAGUACGCGAUCAAUCAUGUCUUUCUGCCGCCUCGCCUCCCGCAAACAGACGAUGCCAGUCUCGAAAAUGAACUCUUCUUGGCAAAGUCGCUUUACAAAUCUUUGCUCGGAUUCAGAAAGCUAGAGCCAGCCUCAUCGGAGGCCUUGAACCCGGCUCUCGACAUGGUGGGGCACUUUUCCAAAGCAGAGCAUAUCACGCCCCCUAUAAUAAGGGCUAUGAUCUGUGGCCUGAGUAAUGGAGAUCACAUCGUGUUUUAUCUCCGCGCCCAAAACGCCGCCCUCUUCGUCACAAGGAAGGCAGAGGACAUCCUCUUUGAGGCGUUCGAGCUGCUGCCACCGAAUAGCAGGGUCAUGUCUUGUAGGGGCUCCCUACUUCGAGAGUUUCCGGAAUGUGCCGCUCUGGUGAAACUCCACGUGGUCAGCAGCGAGGCUUUCUUGUCAGUCUUCAUCGAAGUCAUGACGAAAUUGGAGCUCGACAUAGCGCCCAACGCACAGCCAAAGGCCAAAAAGGGAGGAGUGGAACACGCAGAGGAGCGAGAUACCAUGUCUCCAUUUCUUGUCACUGGCAUGGUGAUGGAUGUCUUGGCUGGGCUGGGCUGCCGUGUCCAACCCAGUCGAUAUAUCAAGCGAAGCCGGGAGCAGGUCGACUGGUCGAACGCUCGUCUACCUUUUCAUCGGUCCCCUGUUUGGCUUCUCCUUCGGGUGUCCCUCCGCCUAGCCUUGGAGCAUGGUCAAAUCCUCUCAAAUGAAUGGUCAUCCCCGGGAGUCCUGUACAAAGCUCUUCUUGCGUUCCAUCAUUGCCGACUGUUGCAAGACGCCACUCGGCGCGGAUUCGGAAGCGAAGUGCUCUAUUGUAUGGGUGCCAAGGUAGCACGUCGAGUUUUAAAACUUGAUCCGCCCUGCCAAAGCCCCUGGCUCCGAGAAGCAAUGACCGCGGUCGAGGCAGCCAGGCUCGUGCUGCAAGGGAGAUGGGAAAAGGUUCAGGAAAGCGACAACACACAAUUGCCCCUCGAGCGCUUCUUCGUUUGCGCAAUCUUCGAAACUACAUGUCCUGGAUGGACUCGAGAGCCCCUGCCCGGCGAGCUAAGCAAGUCCUACCAAGAUAUUCCCGAGGCCUUGUCGGUGAUGUUUCUGACCAUCAUGGAGUUGUGGGUCGCACUCGACGAUAUCGCAGGACGCGCCGUCAAGUUGCUUUUGAACUACGACCCGGGGCUAACCCCCGAUCUGCUCCAGCCACUGCUUCUAAGCACGAAGCGGCAGAUGCAACGUCUCCAAGCGGUUGAGCAAUACCUCGUGUGCCGGCAGCAGAGAGCAGGUGGAAGCUACCCUUCGGCCUUCUCCAACUUUGGCGAUCCCUAUUCCCUGGCAGUUCGAUAUGUCCACAGUUCGUGCUCACACCAAGCUUUACUCGAGGAAAUCACGGCGAAGGCCGAACGAGACAAGGCGGCCAAGAUUCGCGAGUAUGAGGCAAUGCGAAACCUCUACGACAGCUACGUCCGAGAGCGUAAUAGGAUGGAUCACAACGACAACAGGGAUCGAUGGGGAGACAUGACUCAUCAGCCCAACUCUUGCAGUCGCUGCCUGUUGGACGACCAGAUCAAGUCAAUGCGGAUCAGCGUUUUUGAGUGGCCACUUCCAGCGGAUGACAACCACGCCAUGGCCACCGUCUUCGAGAUCGAUGUCGACAAGACUGUCUGGCUCUGGCGCAGUGCGACCAUGGAGCUGCUCACAAAAGUCUUCAGGGGAGAGGCGGUCAAGAGAACGAGCACGAAACUAUGGUGGGCGGGCUCCCAUUCUGGUCUCCAACGUUAUGUCAAGCGGACCAACGAGUCGCACUACCGCGAUCAGCAUAUCAGCCAGGCUACGCGGCAGAACGAACUCUGCCAUGACCUCAUCAUGCAAGCUUGUCUUGAGGCCGGCGCUCCAGGAGCCACUAGACAUGUCCUCCGGAUGGCACAUGCCGAUGCAGGAUGUGAACGAUACGCCGGAAAGGCCACCAAGGCUCUGCGGGAAGCGCUCCUUCGAGUCCAAGACAGCUGGCAGAAUGAGACUACCCUCUGCCUCAUCGCACGCUUGAGUGCACGCUUAUUCUCUCUUUCGCCCUCCAAGGGGGUCUCAGAUGAAAUCCUUGAGCUCUUGGCCGCCAUUCGAAAAGUCUCCAUUGGCUGGGUCCGGGAGCUCGUCCGGAAGCUUGACGAGAACGUCUCGGUUUCUCACCGAGAUUCGUUGUCGCGACGAAUCUUGAUGUCGUCUCUCAUUUGCGCCAUCACUUUUGACGUUGGGGCAGAGCCUCUGCACUCGGUCCUCAAUUCUGGGGACAAUCUCUCGAUAUAUACGGAGGUCGCCGCUUCCGUCCACGAUCACCUCCCUGGAGACGGAGUUCCAUCCGAGAGAAUCCCCCGGUGUUUGUUUGAUCGAUGGCAGAGAAUCUCCCACUUGUCCUACACAACUGUCACGGAGGAGGUUAUCUUUUGGAGCGAGUACGCACCGUCCCGCUCUGGAUGGCAGGUUGAUGAGCUGCCUAGAGGACAUGUCCUGGUCUCCAAUACCGACACGCCGGAUGGUCCAAUGACAGUCUCAUUCAACCUGCUCAAAGGGCUCGUGCUGGUGAACGGCCACCCCCUUGCUCGGCUCCCAGAGUCCUACCAGACUCAUCCGACGUUUAUUCAACUCUUCGGCAGACAGAUUCUGGACGUCAUGCCCUCUGCCAUUCCCGAGAUGCAGUUCUCAGCACGCCGGGAUCAGAUGGGAUGGGGUGUUCAUUUCGCCAUGACCGACGGAAAGCUGGUCAUACGAGCCAUCUCGAGGGACAUCUCACCCCUUGGCAACGCAUCGCCGACGAUGUGGGAGUACAUACCCUGCGAAUACCUGAAAGAAGACCUACCGGCUACAUUCGUGAAGAGAUAUUCGCAUUGGAUGAAUCUGUCCAACCAGGUUAUUCAGUUCCGCCCGGUGCAGCAACCAUGGAUGUCCGUGCCUGACAGUUGGGCCUUGUCUUCAGGAAUUCUGAGCAAAGGAGUAUGUCGUGUGAUUGAUCCAUACAGUAACACUGCGGAACAGAUCCUGAAGAUCAUGGAGCCUUUGGAAUCCAAAUACAACAUCGACUGCAUCUUCAACUCAAAUGUUGACUCUCUGGAAGUGGAGCUCCCGAGGUUCUCGCUCUCUUUCACCCUGGCUAGAGAAGACUCGGUCCUCAAAUCCAAGAAUUAUCCGGGCAUGUGCGUCAAAAAGUCGCAGGGCAUUGGGACCUUGAUCGGUCUCAAAAGCAAAUUGGUUCUCGGGCCGGCAGAACCUUCCUCGACGCGGCCAAAGACUGUCUUGAUUCCCCAGGGCGGGUUCUCCCCAAGAAUCGCUGGUGACCACGUGGAGGUUUUGGCGCACCCGAGUUCAAAGAAUCGUAUUCGGCAUCACAUCUUCGAGGCAAAUACAACCCUCGGUCUCCUUUCAGACAGUGGUGCGCUUUCAAGCAAGCUCCUGAUCUGUUAUCUGCAUGCCUUGACAUCGCAUUGUCUCCCCGAUCCCUUGACCCGUAGGACCGGCACAGAGGAGGCCUUGAGACUCUUGGGCUCCGCAGCGCUGCGUUCAUUUCAGCAUCUGGACGCAAAAUCCGCCGACUAUCUUCAAGCCAUAGCGGAUCUCUCGCCACAAAGAGCCUACUACCCGGACCACCUGCAAGUCAUGGAAACCGUGCAGUGGAACAGCAGCCUCCUGUCACUAUCUCAACACGAUGCGUUCUGGCAGAUGGCUCAAGCGAUCCACGACCACUUCAAAUCCUUUUGCGAAAUCUUCCCUGACGUUACCAAGGAAGCUGUUGCUCCAAGACUUCGGGGUGAGUCGUCUGGGCUGCUUGUGGAGCGGGCUAGACUCCGAAACGCAGCCUUUCGCGUAUCUGAGUUCGGGGCAGAACAAAAUCUCUCUGAGUACGACCAUUGGUAUCACAGCAAAGAUGGGCGACACCUGGGACCCUCAAAAGAAUGCAAUCGCGCUAGCCUUGUCGCGCGAUGCCUUGACGCUGGGGUCCAGCGCUCUUUGUUUAGUCCGCAGGGCUCGAUACAAGAUAUCAUCCGCCAGGUGACAGGCGAGAGUUUCAGCGGAACGACAAAGGCCAGCCUACAAGUCAAUCUCGAGAAUCUCCGGCCACCGUUGGAGUCCAUUGGGGAAUUUUGGUGCAACCUGCACACCUCUCUUGCCGCGGAGAAGAACAAGUACCGAAUCAUGUUCUUUUUGGCCUUUCUGCUAUAUGCGACAGGCGCCAAGUGGGAGAUCGUUCAGGUGCUGAUGGUUUUGAGCAUGCCAGAGCCUAGUACCUCCGUCUGCCCACCAGCAGAGCCGUCCUUCAACCUUGCCAUCACCCGAGCGACAUUCAAGGGCGAUGCGACCAAAGUUGUAAGUCGGCUGGCUCACAGGAGGGAAGAGUGCCCAGAAUGGCGGCUUCCCCGGAAUCACGGGGAAAAGAAUCGGGCAUACAUCACACGUCGUCACAAUCUGUGGUAUCCCGAGUCAGAGAGAUUGAAGUCCCGAUUUGUCGACGACUUGAAUACCCAGCUGAAUGGCGCAUGGAUCCUCCAAACCCCGGCUGGUGAGCCUUAUGGAUCCUAUAUGGACGUCGCCAGCAUCAUGCAGUUCGUUCAAGAUCUUGCGAGAACAGCCAAGCGGUCCCACGACUUUUUCAGCUAUCUUAACGAUGUGGCGGCCAUCUUGCGACAAACGGAUUUGAUGCCAGCACAAGACCGAACAAAGAUAUCAGAGACACGGCCUCUUCCUACCGAUAAGCUUCCGGAUUUGAGCAAGCGCUUCAUCAGUGCGAGCUCCUUGUUUUCGUGUCCAGCACCCAGCUUCGGCCGUCCCAAGCUGGCGCACUGUGUAGCCCAGCAUUCCGCAGAGUCUCCGGGGAAGGCGAUGCAGGACCAAGCGAGACCCGUAUCUUCCCUCCUCGAGCGCCUGUGGAAAAAGGCCUCACAAAACCAUCAGAGAGCUUACAUACAGGAGCUGCGUGGUAGCGCUGAAAGCAUUGGCGUCUCUUCCGCCGUGUCGGCAGGAACGGUAUCACGAGUUGAUCCCAGUCCCACCGCUCAAACCGCGAAGGAGCUUGCAAACAAGAUCGCAGCCGCCAUCGACAAGGCGUUGACGGGUGGUUCCGUGGCACGAGAAUUCUGUCUCGCUGCGGGAAUGUAUCCUCGUCUCUCGCCUGUGUUCACUCUCGGGCGGCUGGCGAGGGCGCACUGGGGCAGCCUUUCGAGGGAAUGGCAACGUUGCUUGGUCAACUACGCCCUCAGCUUGGUUUACCUCCAGCGUGCUAAGCGCCUUGCGAGUUUUAUUGGUAACCCUAAUCGCAAGCGUGAGCUUCAGCGCGAACUGGCGAAUUUGGGAAGCCACGACGAGUUCGACCCACUCAACCACCCGGAGGGCCUUCUCCUAGAGCUUGAGCAGGGCAUCCUUAUCCGCCCGGUUCAGCAAAAGAUUGCAGCAACCAUGACGACGCCCCCUGGCGGCAAAGGUGCCGUCAUGCAGCUGAACAUGGGCGAAGGCAAGUCCUCGGUCAUCGUGCCUUUGGUUGCCUCAGCACUGGCGGACGGCAGUCGUGUCGUUCGGGCCGUGGUGGCCAAACCGCAAUCUAAACAGAUGAUGCAUACCUUGAUCGCUAAAUUGGGCGGUCUUAUUAACCGACGGGUCUUCUAUCUUCCGUUCUCGAGAUCUAUCCGACUGUCUCCCGAUCAAGUAGAGAGUGUCCGAGCCAUGAUCCAGGCCUGCCAACAAGAAGGAGGCGUGUUGCUUGUGCAGCCUGAACACCUGCUGUCAUUCAAGCUGAUGGGAAUUGAGAAGAUUUGGCAUGAGGCGCAGCAAAAUCCGACCAUGGGCGGCGACAUCCUCCAGCUCUACCAAGAAUUCGAGGCAGUGUCAAGAGACAUUGUCGACGAGAGUGACGAGAACUUUAGCGUGAAGUUUGAACUUAUUUACACCAUGGGAUCGCAGCAACCCGUCGAAAUGAGCCCGGAACGAUGGAUCUUGAUUGAAGCAGUGAUGGAGCUUUUACGUGACGUCGUGAAGCGCUUAGCUCGGUCAAAAUCAGGAGGCGGUGAUCUUGAAGGACUUUUGUUCGAAGAACGGCAGGACAAAUCGGGGGGCUUUCCUACAAUCCGAGUCCUAGAGGAUGCUGCAGGACAGAAUCUCGUUGAGACCCUCGCCCACCAAAUUUGUGCGCUUGGACUACCGGGUUUCCCAAUUCACAACGUUACCGCCAGCGUGCGACGAGCAAUCUUGGCUUACAUGUUGAAGGAAAAUCUUUCCCAAGACGAGAUUUCGAGCGUCGAAAAGGCAGAUAACGGCUUCUUUGGAGAGAACAAGACCAAACAGGGGCUGCUUCUUUUGCGGGGCCUUCUCGCAAAGGGCAUCCUCUUGUUUGCUCUGGGACAGAAGCGGUACCGCGUCAACUAUGGACUUGCUCCUGAUCGACGUCCACCCACGAUGCUCGCUGUCCCAUUCCGAGCAAAGGACAUGCCGUCCCCACGUUCCGAGUUCAGCCAUCCAGAUGUCGUUAUCGUCUUAACUUGCCUGAGCUACUACUAUCGCGGCCUUGCCGACGACGAGCUCUUCACCAGUCUCGAGCUUCUGAGCAAAUCUGAUCUCGCAGACCAAGAGUACGGGAUCUGGGCCUCCGCUGCUCUGGCCCUUCCUCCCACGCUCCGCCAUUUCUCUGGAGUCAAUCUUAAGGACCAAGAUCGGUGUAGGCAGUCUUUGUUUCCUGCUUUGCGAUAUGUGAAGCCGGCAGUCGACUUUUACCUGUCCAAGGUUGUCUUUGCCAAAGAGAUGAAAGAGUUCCCCUCAAAGCUGUCGGCCUCAGGCUGGGAUCUCGCGAAGCCAAAAACCCAUCCCUUGACCGGCUUCAGUGGCACCAUCGACUCGAAGCGGGUGCUCCCUCUUGCCGUCAAAGCUCUUGACCUGCCGGAUCAAAGAUACACCAAUGCGGCUGUUCUGGAUUGCCUUUUAAGGAAUGAGAACGAGGUGCUAGAGUUGGGUGGGGGGCCGUCCCAGCUAUCCGUCCUUGACACGCUUCUUGAUGCCGUGACCAAAAAGGGGAUGAGGGUCAUCCUGGACGUUGGUGCUCAGAUCAUUGAGUGCAGCAACGCCCAACUGGCCAAACACUGGCUCGAGAGCGCCCCUGCCAGCGAAACAGAUGCCGUCAUUUACUUUGAAGACAACGACGACCUGUCCGUUCUCACUCCAUGCAUGAGAAUGAGAAAGCUUGGUCACGGUCAGUCGGUCACGUUUUGCGUCUCACAAGAGAUGCAGAAGCGAAUCCGCACCACCUGUAGCGUGGAUCCCAGUCACAGCAUCGCCGUCGUCGACGUGCUUGAAUGGGCCAUCUCGGAAACGUGGGAGGAAGAGGUUCGCAGUAUCCCUCUCUGGGAAAAUCAAGGCAUCCGACAUCUGUAUCAAGAAACAAUUUGGGAUCGCGUGGCCAGGCAGAAAAAUUUCUCACAAAGAGAUGCGCAAGACUACGCCGAGCCAGAAACCCGGACGCUGGAACACCGAUACCGGCCCAUUUCGGCCGCGAUGCAGCCCCCCGGCCCUCCCACUCUCCUGGAAAAGCUCACGGCGGCCCUGGGUCCAUCUGACAUUGGGAAACAGCACCUCGGGUUUAUUAAACAAAAAGCUGAAGGCUUCAAGCUGGUCUCGGCGGCCCAGUCUGCCAAUUUUCAGGAGGAGCAAGAACGCGAGUUGGCUUUGGAGAUCGAACAAGAGCGACAAAUUGAGCGUCCGCCACAGAUGGCUCCAGUACCACACGGUUUGCACGAUGACGUGAUCCAUUUUGCAUGCACGGGGGAGCUGAGGCUGGCGAGCGCGGCAUUCAUCCCUUCGUUCCAGGCCCUCGAGAAGAGCAGCGCCGUCCAAUACUUCCCUCCCGGGGUAUCCAACUUCCCUAGUGACCUGCUGAUCACUAUCGACUACGCGCGCACUGUCGACGAGCGGGGUCAAGGCUUUUGCUCGGACAUGUACCAGCGGCCGGUCCAGUGGGUCCUCACCUCCAAGUCGCACAUGGUGGUCAUCAGCCAGUGGGAGGCCAACAAGCUCAAGCAGCUCGGGCCCUGGUCAGGCCCUGCCAUGCUCCGCGCUUACCUGCCCCGACCGAGCCUCACCUUCCGCACACUCGAAGACCUCCAGAUCUACACGGUCCCGGCGACGGCGAGCGACGAGGUCCGCCCCGAGCUGAUCAUGCAGCUCAACCUCUUUGCAGGACAACUCUAUCUGCGAAGCUAUCAGCACUACGUCGCGCUGUGCCGGUAUUUGGGGCUUUCGUACACGGAGAACCGGGGUGACGAGGAGAUCGCGGCAGAUGGGUUCGUGAGAAGGAAGGAGGGGGAGUAUGCGGGAUGCAGGUUUGAGACGAGCCCGAUUAUGUUCUUGAACGUGCUGAUUCAGAAGCUUCGGAGGGACCGCAUGGGAAUUGAGAAGACGCAUAUGGGAAAGAUCUUGGCGGGCGAGAUUCUAACGGAGAAGGAUUUUCCUAAGGAGGAGGCUUGAGGGAGGACUAUACUAGGGAAUAGGAGGUUACUAGUUAAAAAAUCGCCUAUAGUUGACGGCGAUCGAGUUGAGUGUAAUCGUGAAUUCUCUCGAGUAACGUAAUUGCAUAGCGAGUGGCCACAUAUAGCGAGUGGCCACUCUCCCCACCCCAAUUGAGCUUUCGCACGAC